ACCCUUUUGGGCUACGUGACUUCGAGCCCAAGUUUAACCACACAAACACUGAGAUGGCACGGUUUUGUCUGUCUCUUUCAUUGGCUGCCUCGGCAGACCAGUUGUCAAGCUGAGUCUGAGCGUUCACACGUUAGUAACUGGGAUUCUGACGGCUUCAGUCUCCGUCCCGUCGGCUGCACCUUCGCCGGACAGAGGAUCCGUCUGUCUGACUGUAUGUAUGUCGACAGGCCGGCCGGUUGGCCUGACUUCCUAUUCUGUCGGCGAAUGUGCAUGUCUCUAUCCCGCACAUUGAUUUGGAAUUUGGCGAAUAAUCCGUUUAUCUCCACCUUGUUUGAACCUUGCCCACUGGGCAUGCAACGGCACACUUAA